CUGAAGUCGCACCGCUGAAGUCGCACGGAAAACGCGCGAGCGGAAAUCGCGUUGCGUCGUUCGUCCUCGUUGCUCCUUUUUGAAUCCUGGCGCAUCUCGUCGGCGAUCGUCGUUUACCCAUUUGAAAUCUCCCCCUCUCUGCGCGACCAUUUGUAUUUCAUGUAAAAAAAAGUGAAAAAAAAACAAGAAAACUAAAACGUGGAUUAAUCAGGCAUACCCCAUAAAUAUUUUCUUUUUUUUUUCGGUGUUAUAAGGCAGUAAAAACGGGAAUUCUAGUGCAAAACGAACUCAAAUUACACAUAAAUUUCAAUUGGCAAAGUCGAAGUGAAGGCCGGCCUCAGGAUUUAUCGCCCGACGAUAAUAAUUAAGGCGGCCAGCCGAACGUAGAUACACUACGGCCCACAAAUAGAGCAGCCCCGAACCGCAGAUACUAACCGUUGGAGCAGCAGAAGCAAAACGAGAUACAUAUCCAGAUACAGAUACAAGAAGAAAAGCCAGUAUGAAUGCCGCACAGAGCGGCGGCCACACGGGUGGCGGUGGUUCCAUGGGCAAGAAGGGCUCCCAAAUGGAGGAACUGGUGGCCAUUUCCCCGGAACGCCGCAACUGGCGUGGCAUCUUCAUCGCCCUGCUGGUCAUCGCUGCCGUUUUUAGCCUGAUCAUAUUCUCGAUCUUCCUGCUGUCGCCGGAGGAUGAGGGUCUACGGAUCCGGGGUCGCCGGAUGCUGCCCAGCGACAUUCUGGGCAGAAGCCUCCAGUGGAAGCCCUUCAACGGCACCUGGAGCAAUGGUCGUGAGCUCAUUUAUCGCGACCCAACGGGCGGCCUCUCCAUUCUCAAUAUGGCCGAUCUUACCACACGCAUCCUAAUGACCAAUUCAACAUUCCGCCAACUGAAUGCGGAAUCAUUUCUAGUCGCACCUGACCAGAAAUACGUACUACUGCAGUCGGACUCAAAUGCCGAGGGCUCCAGACAUCACGUAUACGAGGUGCAGACGGCGAACACAUUUCCGUUGGGCCCAACGGAGAACAUAGCGGAGGCGCCACGCCUCCAGCACGUGGUGUGGGCGCCAGCGAAUCCGCCGCCACCGCUUGGAGCACCACCACCCAGUGGUGCCAGUGGCGCAAGUGGUGCCAGCGGCGCUAGCACCACGACAAUGGCCCCUUUGCCCAGUGGCAGCAUAAUCCUAAACAGCCUGGCUGGCGCUGCCAAUGGACCAGCAUCCGCCGGAGCCUCCGGCUCCUCCGCACCAAAUCCGAAUGGCAAGGCCGGUGGUUACAAUUUAAACCAAGCCAUCGCCUUUGUCCACCACAACGACAUCUACUACAAGCCCAAGGUGCAGGGCGAACUUGUGUGCCGGAUAACACAGACGGGAUCGGGUUCGCUGGAAGGCGAAUCCACAGGUGUGGUGUUCAAUGGGGUGCCCGAUUGGAUGUAUGAGAAUGUGCCGGAGCUGGAGAGCCGCCGGAGCAGCAUGGAGUUCUCGCCGGACGGACUCUUUUUGGCCUUCCUCAGCUACAAUGACAGCGAGGUCAACGAGUAUAAAUAUACUUGGAUGGGCGAUGAUAUCAAAUACCCGGCGGUGAUGAGCCAACGCUACCCCAAGACGGGUUCCCGCAAUCCGAAUGUCACGGUCAACGUGGUGAAUCUCUCGGUGAUCAAGUACAUCUUUCCCACGCAGAUCAAGCUGCCGAGUGAGCUCUCCAAUGGUAGCUACGUGGGCGGCUUGACAUGGGCCUCAUCCACUGACCUUUCGGUGACGGUGACCAAUCGCGAACAGACCAAGGCCACCACGGUGCUGUGCAGAGCUCCACACUUCCAUUGCCAGGCGGUGCACACGGAGGUAACCAUCAACGAUGGCUGGGUUCUGCCAUCGGAACGGCCCAUCUUCUCGGUCCGCAACCAGGGCCACAAUCGGCUGGGAAAGAUGGUCCAGAAUGCGGAGGAAAUCCAAGCGGAGAGUCAGAAUGUGAAUGUGACGGAUGGCCAAACGCACACGACGCAUGAGAUCAGCAAUGGUGGCUAUCUGCUGAAGCGUUUGCCAGUUCGAGAUGGCGAACACGGUCACUACCGCCACGUGGUCUUCAUAUCCUCGCUGGACCGACGACCCGUGCCGCUGACCAUGGGUCGGUUCGAGGUCACCGAGAUCGUCGGUUGGGAUGAGCCGCAUGAGAUCGUCUACUUCAUGGCUGCGCCGGAGAAGAGACCUGGCGAACGGCAUUUGUACAAGAUUAGCCUGAAGCUCAAUGUCACCGAAUCGAAUCGGACGUAUAUCACCUCCACAUCGCCCACUUGUCUUACCUGCGACAACACGGAGUCCACGUACCGGCUCCACCGGGCCAGAAUCUCGCAGCGGGGCGAUCGGUGGGAGGAUAUUGUGGCUCGCCUGGAGCCAGACGAUUGCCUCUACGAUAUACCCAAGAAUUGCCUGUUCAAUCGGGUGCAGUUCAGCCAGGACUACAGCUACUACGUACAGGAGUGCCUGGGUCCGGAGGCACCCAGUGUCUACCUGGUGGAAACGGCCAGCAAUGACAAGAUUUAUGUGCUAAAUGCCGGCGAUGUCCUGCGCCACCGACUCUCCCAACUCGCCAUUCCGCAAUCACGCACCUUCAGCGUCGAGAUCCGUCACGGAUUCCACGCCCAGGUGCGGCUCUUCCUGCCACCCGGAAUGCGAGAGGAGGAAGACGUGGCCUUUCCACUGGUGCUCCACGUCGAUGCCUCGCCGGGAUCACAGUUGGUAACAGAGCGCUUCCACGUGGACUGGAACUGGUAUUUGGCCAGCCAGAGGAGUUUUAUUGUGGCCCAGAUCGACGGGCGUGGCAGUGGCUUCCAGGGUGAAUUGCUCCGCACCCAGGUGCACGGUAAACUAGGCACCGUCGAGGUGGAGGAUCAACUAGGAGUCCUAACGUACCUGCGGGACAACCUGAAGUUCAUCGAUCCGCUGAGGAUUUGCGCUUUUGGCUGGGGCUACGGUGGCUACGCCUCCUCCAUGAUGCUCAUCGACGACUCGCAACAGGUGCUGCAGUGCGCGGUGGCAAUCAAUCCCAUUGUCAACUUUGGAUUCCACUAUUCCUUCUUCACGGAGCGUUACAUCCCGCUGAAGGGCGACUAUUUGCGUGCCCUCCAGGAGGCGGAUCUCACGAUGAAGGCGGGCAACAUCAAGGGCCGCAACCUGAUGCUAAUGCACGGCACGGCGGACACGCUGGUCCACCAGGAGCACACGCUGAUGCUGGUGCGGGCGCUCGUGGAGCAGCAGGUGAAAUUCCGACACCAGGUGUAUCCGGACGAGGAUCACGCCAUCGCCAGGUCGCUGAGCCACGUCUACAAGACGAUGGAGUGGUACUUCGAUGAGUGCUUCGGCCCCGUCGACGACAACGAGUGGGACCCCACGGGUCUGUUCGUGUUCAAGCAAUAAUUAAGACCCCCCUACGAUCCUUAUGACGAGGAUCCGCUGGCCAAUCAGCUCAGCGACAUCGACAUCGGGCCCGCCACCGAUGCGCAUCCGGAUGCGGAUGCCGCCGGCGAUUCCGCCGGCAGCAAUCUGUCCACCCUGCUGACCGCCACGACGACGAGCGCCUCGCUGUCGGCGCUCGACGAACUGGACAACCGGCUGCAGGCCCUGGACCUGAUCACCUCCUCCACGGCCACCACCCUCAGCAAGGUCGCCGGCAAGCUGUGCAACUACAGCAGCAAGCGCCGACUCCACCAGUCGGAGGCCGUGCUCGCCCAGAAGUCGCGCAUCCUCCAGCACUAGGGGAUUCACCCAAGGGGUGUCCUCCUUCGUGUGUCAAGCGUGUGUUUCCCGGGCGGGCAGAUCUCUCCUCAUUUCACUUUCGACACCAGUUUGCGGAAGGUCUUUACAUCUUGAUGAUGUUUACAAGUCAAAUACAUAAUGUUGAUCAUUUUAAAUUAAUUCAAUUUUAAUUUUAACACAAAACAUUUGAAAGCUGUGACAGUAAAAAUAGGCUUUACACAAUGUCUUUAUUAAUUUUCUGUAAAACCAACCGUUGUCUUUUUCAACUUUACAUUCACAAUCCGUUACUUAACAUUAACAUUUUUAAGCAUUUGUUUUUACAUUUCCUACUUGAAGUUGGCUGCGAUAAGCACAGUUAAUCAUUGUUUAGCGCUUACAAACACUUAUACGUUAUAUGUACAUUCGCAUGCUUACUUAUGUUACAUAUUUACAUACUUACUUACAUUUAUAUGCUUUUCCUACUACGAAGCAAACUUUAAGUGCAUCAGGUGUAUUUUAAUUAUUUAUUAUUAUUUUGUAAGCCUGCAAUUUCUCUAUCACUUGUUUAACGAAUUCUACAAAAUCGAUAUAAAUAUAUAUAGUAUUAAAUAUAUAUAUUUAGAUUUAUUAAUUGUUAACUUAUACCGAAGUCUAAAGUCUUUAAUUCAAGCCCGCUGAUUGCUGACGAAAGUGAAAAUGAGGAUAACGUAUCCAAUUGCAGGUCUUCUCAAAGUUAAACCUAAUUAAUUUAAUUUUGAUAAAUUUUCACGUGUAAACUUAGGUUCCGCAAAUUUGUAACGAAUGUGAAAACGAGGAAAGGUCAUUUAGUGUGAAAGUGUGGAUUCUCCAAAGGCAUUAAUGGGUACAAUUUAUUGGCAAAGUAGGCUAGAUUUUGAUUUGGGAGAAAAUGUUUUGGCACUUUUGAAAUUUAUUGUAAUCCAAAUGGCAUUGAUUUCAUUUUAAAAUGUUUAUUAUUAGGGAAAUGAUUUGUCAUUUUUAUAAUACGAGCUAGGAUCAAAAUAUUUUGUAUAGAUAUAAAUUAUUAACAUUAUUAUUAUGCUUAUAAUAUUAUUUAGUUUAGGUGGAACAUUUAAUGAAAUAGUUUUUUUUUUAAAAGCUCGAACUUGUAGAUCGUGUUUUUUCCCUAGAAUAAACUCGAAAAACUUAAUUCAGACACGAGCCAUUAAAUGUGGAGAACUAGUCACCAAAGUCGGGCAACUCGACUAUAUAUGUUUCUGUAUAUUUCGGUUUAUAUGAUUUCGCCGGCGAGAAUCGAGUGUGAAUGCGAAUCGAGAAAACAGAGUAAUUAGAAACAAAACCAAAGCAAGGUGAUUCAUUUAUGCGACUGAUUAUUAACAUAUGUGUAUUAAAUAAUUAACCAAACUGACGGAGCGAGAGGGGUGACGAUGGUGUAACAUGCCGGCGAGAUGUCGAUGUCCUUGACGUAAGGAUACAAAUGUAGGGGAUUUACAUUUACCUAAUUGCUAAUGGCGCAUGGCGAAUGCAGCGCGAUAUGUGUGUGUCAUGGUGCAUGUAAUUCGUUUAGACCUCAUUGUUGUUUCUUUACGUGUUCGUUUCGAUGUGUAUAAACAUAUAGUUAUAAUUGACUGAACGUUAUUUUUUUUGUAUAUAUUAACGAUUAAAUUUUAAAUGAGAUGUGAAAGCGAAAUUGAGCGCGCUAAUCGAAUUCGAAACUUAUUGAAACAAUUGCACAAAUCAGUCCAAAUGAAAGAUGGUGGAAAUAUCUUUUAAAUAGCCAACAAGUGUUUGUGAGUAGUCAUGAAAAAUUUGGAGAGGAGAAUUGAAAGCUUAAUGCCCCAUUGAAUGUUUGUGAUAGUCGAGAGUAGGCGACUAUAAAAUACCCUGUACUCCAUUGAUACUCAUCCCGAUCCCGAUCGUGAUCGCGAAUGCGAUUCUUCUCUCCCGACUUUCGGUGUGCAAAAGCUUUAAUCUUCAUAUUCAUUCGACGUUCAAUGCUGUGGAUACAGGGUAUUUCCAGCUGUCUAGCAUCCAAAACAGAUCUAAUUUUUAAUCUAAAUAUAUAUAUGGAGAGUGGAUGGAGCGUAGAUUGUGCCACACUAAAGACAAGUCCCAGGCUUGCAAAGCCCCCUAUGUAUAUCGAUCGCAUUGGAUCAGGACACAUAUGUUUUAUACAUAUGUAUAUAUGUACAUAUGUGGGGGGAAUUGGUGUGCUUUAGCGAGAACUAAACCAAGAAAAAAAAACAAGUGGCGAAACAAUUUUUUUUAGAUUUUUUUACCAUUAACAUUAAACGGAAGGAGGAAGUUGCGAAUUCCAUAUUUGAAAUGGAAUUUACUUGUCAAAAGCCUAGGUGUUAAAUGUUGCGUCAAUAAGCGAAAUCGAAAUUGAAAUUGAAAUUUUAUUGUAGUGGGACCGACGAGAGGCCCCCGACUUCCGGAAUCCAACUAAAACUAAGAAAUCCAAAUAAAACAAUAUAGUCAAGCUUUAAAUGUUGUACACGAUGGGGGGUCGCAGCCACUUGAAACCCAAGUUAACUAAACCAAAUGAAGAGAAUGCCCAAAAACAGACCCGAGAAUAAAUAUGAAUGUUAAACUUAACUAAACGAUAAAUGCAUAUUUAUAAAUGUUUAAAACAACAAUUCUAUAAUAAACUAAAGGAAAACUAUAUAUGUAAUUGUGCUAAGGCAGAAUUUAAUGUAUUCCAAGCUACCAAAGCGACAAAAAGCCAUUAACUACGUGGAACCAAAUAAUGUAAACGCAAAGCUAACAACAAAUACAAACUGCAACAUACAACUCAUUUCCCUAAAGUACAAAGGAAACGAUGGAAAACCCACAUAUUCCGGCAUGCUCCGGUAAUCAAAUUCGUACAAAUUUAACUAUUUUGAAAAAUCUGUGCUCCGGUUUUCGAAAUCGUAAGAAAGUUUUCGAUUUGUAAAACGGACACUUUUGUCUAUCCGAAAUGAAAAGUAAAUGCCUUUUUUUUUUAGCAAAUCAGAUCUUAUUUUCAAAAGGGCAAAUAAUAGUUUACUCAGUGGUCUAUUGAUGUUUAUUUCACAUCACCACAAGAUCAUUUUGCCACUUAGUUAUUUUAUAAAAAUUUUAUUUCUGACCACACCUCAACAUUGGUCAAACAGAAUUUUGCCUUCGGCAACAAAAAGUUUCGAUUUGGCAAGGAGUUAUAGGUACAUCGACAAGUGUUUUUGGGAAGAAUUCCAUAUUGUUGGUGAAACGAAACAGGCAGAUACAAUAUCAAAGAAUUCAAUAACUUAUCUAGAGGAUGGCCAAAAGUGUUGUUUGUAAAUAAUGCUAUUUACAAAACCGGAGCACCUAAUAACGAAAUCGAAAGAUUUUUCCCAAAUCGAAAUCGAAACAAAAUUACGACUACCGGAGCAUGCCUGAUUAUUUAGUUGAGCACAGAAACCACACCAUCUAACACAAAAAAGACCAAAACUGGACAGUAUUGAACGAAGUGAUUUGGUUUCAAAACAACAUCUCAGCAUAAAGUAUUCAAAGCCGAAAUCGAACCGAAUCCAAAUAGAUAUAGCGAAAAAACGAACAAAACUAUGUAUUUCCAACAAACAGACACAAGUAUACCAACAAAGCGAUCCAAAGCAACUAAAAAACCAAAAAAGCGAAACAAUAAAGACAUUUUUGUGUGUAUGUAAGAUU